GAUGUCAAAUCAUUCCAAGCUUUUGAGUUGUGCGGUUGCAAAUCAGAAAUAAUUACAACUAACAGAAUGCCCAAGACCGCGUCGUCUCUGCUCUUGUAUAUAUUGAUUGCUUCGCAACUGCAGAAAUCUUUGACAAGUGAUUCGAGUGCCACAUUGUCGACUGAGAGUUCUGAAAGCCAGUGCGGUGGAUAUUGCUUUACCGCAUUGAAGCCUAUUCUGGACCACAUUGCUGCCAAUCAGCAGCGAUGGAAUGCCUGCGACGCCACCAACCAGCAAUGCGAGGCCAAACUAGAAAGGAUCGAGAGCCAGCUGGUAGUCCUUCAGGAAAAAGUGUCCGCAAUCGAAGCAGUAAAGACUCCUGAGGGAAACCUGGUGGUGAUUCCGAAAGCAAAGAAACUGGAGAACUUUGUGCAGAUCGGCUCGAGGUUCUUCUACAUCGAACAGCAUCACAGAGUCAAUUGGUUUGCCGCUACGAAUAUAUGCCGCCAGAUGGGCGGACAUCUCGCGAGUCCGAGCAGCGAGAAAGAGUGGAGUGCCAUUAAGGAAAGGCUCACACGUGGCCGAAACUAUUGGCUUGGAAUUUCUGACUUGGCCACUGAGGGUUUGUACUUGUCGCAGGCCACGGGAAAUAUGGCAUCGUAUCUGAGCUGGUCCUCUGGAGAACCCAACAAUCACAAUAAUAAGGAAAAUUGCGUAGAACUUCGAUCCGAUAGUGACUUCCUAAUGAAUGACAUUGAGUGUACAUAUAAAACGUAUUUCAUUUGCGAGGCAGCCAAUGAGUCAAUUAAAAUGAUCAAGGUUGUGCCUCUGCUCCUGUGUAUGUUGAUUGCUGUGUGUCUCCAAGGAAGCUCUUCGAGUGAUUCGGUGAGUGGAAAUGCUGGACGGCUGGACAGGGUCGAGAGCCAGGUGGCAGUGCUGCAGGCGCAACAAGAGGGUGGCUCGGAUAACUUCUGGAAUAUCGGUUCAAAGUUCUUCUACAUUGAGGAGAAUCAAAAAGUCAACUGGCACUCCGCAUUGAAUAUAUGCCGUGAGUUGGGUGGCCAUCUGGCAGAUCCGGACAGCCAACAAGAACUGAACUCCAUCAAGCAGAGGCUCACACGCGGCCGGCACUAUUGGCUGGGCAUCUCCGAUCUGGCCAACGAGGGCUUGUUCCUCUCCCAGGACACUGGCAAGAGGGCCACUUUCCUCAAGUGGAUUUAUGGCGAACCAAAUAAUUAUGGCAGCUACGAACAUUGCGUGGAACUGAAGUCACAAAAAGAUAGACCAUUCCUAAUGAAUGACGCACCCUGUGGUCUCAAGUCAUAUUUUAUUUGCGAGAGAGAAUGACAGAUUAUCUCAUGAGAAGGUUUCGUUGCAUCCGGAAACCUCUAGUACUUAAUGGUAGAAUUUAUUACUUGCCUGUGAUUCCCUGGUAUACGAAUACAAACUAGUUUUAACGACGGGUAA